AACAGCGAGCUAGCAGCGGCUGCUAACCACCACAUUUGACCCUGUGUGUGCCAUGAUGAUGAAAAACUAGACAUCCGGGCUGUGUGCAUGGAAGAUGGCGACACUUACCCUUCCUGGUGAAUGGAUCAAAAACUGGGAAAAAUCAGGAAAACAUGAGUUUGUACAACUCUGCAAAGACCUGACGGAGAAAGCAGAUCAUGGAAGUGAAAAUAGAGACAUACAGACUGCCUUAUACGAGCUCUGCUGGCAAGUUGUACAGGGGAACCUCAAGUUGGAUCUUGUCACCAGCGUCCUUGGGGACAUGAUGGAACUCCGAGAAGACAUGCCAUCAAUUUUAGCAGAUGUGUUCAGUAUACUUGAUUUAGAGACCAGUGCACUGGAAGAAAAAAACAAACGUGACCAUUACACACAGCUGGUUGGAGCAUGUUUAAUUUUUCUCCCAGAGGCCAUUUUGAAAGAGAGGCUGGAUCCAGAAACCCUUGAAUCCCUUGGACUUAUAAAACAAGCGCAUCAGUUUAAUCAGAAGAUUGUCAAAAUCAAGACUAAACUAUUUUACAAGCAGCAGAAGUUUAACCUGCUAAGGGAGGAGAAUGAGGGCUACGCCAAACUAAUCGCUGAGCUAGGCCAAGACCUAUCAGGCAAUAUCACCAGCCACAUUGUUCUGGAGAGCAUCAAGUCCCUCAUAGGAUGCUUCAACCUAGACCCUAAUCGUGUAUUGGACAUAAUUUUGGAGGUAUAUGAGAGUCGUUCUGACCAAGAUGAGUUCUUUCUGGCCCUCAUCAAGUCCUACAUGUGUGAGCCGCUCACCCUUUGCCACAUUCUGGGUUUUAAGUUCAAAUUCUACCAGGAGCCUAAUGAGGAAACCCCAAAGUCACUUUAUCAUAUUGCUGCUGCCCUCCUGCACUCUAACCUGAUUGAGCUCGAAGAUCUCUACGUACAUCUUAUGCCACUAGAUGCCGCCAUCAUAGAGGAACACAAACGAGACAUCUCGGAGGCCAAGCAAAUUGCUCGCAAGCUGGUCAUGGUUGUGUUGCCCUCUGAGAAAAGUGAAGACAAAGAAAAGGACAAAGAGAAGGAAGAAGAGAAAAAUGACAAGCCACCUGAUAACCAGAAGCUUGGUCUGUUGGAAGCGCUGCUUAGGAUUGGAGACUGGCACCAUGCCCAGAGUAUUAUGGACCAGAUGCCUUCCUUCUAUGCCACUUCUCACAAGGCCAUCGCGCUGGCGCUCUGCCAGCUUGUACACCUGACUGUGGAGCCUCUUUACAGAAGGGCUGGUGUUCCUAAAGGGGCAAGAGGAUGUGUAAUGCACCCACUAAGGAGCAAGCGGGCCCCUCGACCUGCAGAGAGCUUUGAGGACUUAAGGAGGGACACAUUUAGGAUGCUCUGCUACCUGGGCCCCCACCUCUCCCAUGACCCUAUUCUCUUUGCCAAGAUUGUUCGCCUUGGCAAGGCCUUCAUGAAGGAGUACCAAAGUGAUAACAGACCUGAGGUGAAAGACAAAAUGGACACAUUGUUGAGUUGUUUCCUGAGUGUUGCAGAUCAGGUGCUACUCCCUUCUCUUUCCCUGAUGGAGUGCAAUGCUUGCAUGUCUGAGGAACUGUGGGGUCUGUUCAAACUCUUUCCCUAUCAUCAUAGGUAUCGGUUAUACGGGCAAUGGAAGAAUGAGACAUAUUCCAGCCAUCCGUUAUUGGUUAAAGUCAAAGCUCAGACUGUGGAUAGGGCCAAAUACAUCAUGAAGCGGUUGACCAAAGAGAAUGUGAAACAAUCUGGAAGGCAGAUUGGGAAGCUGAGCCAUAGUAAUCCCACCAUCCUCUUUGAUUAUAUGCUGUCUCAAAUCCAGUGGUACGACAACCUCAUCGUCCCAGUGGUAGACUCCCUGAAAUACCUCACAUCCCUCAACUACGAUGUCUUGGCUUAUUGCAUCAUUGAGGCUCUGGCCAACCCUGAGAAGGAAAAGAUGAAGCAUGAUGACACCACCAUCUCCUCCUGGCUUCAGAGCCUGGCAAGUUUGUGUGGAGCUGUGUUCAGAAAGUACCCAAUUGAGUUGGCUGGCCUCCUUCAAUACGUCACCAAUCAGCUAAAAGCAGGGAAGAGUUUUGACCUGCUGAUCUUGAAAGAGGUGGUGCAGAAAAUGGCUGGCAUUGAGAUCACAGAUGAGAUGACCUCGGAACAGUUAGAGGCCAUGACAGGAGGCGAGCAGCUCAAAGCUGAGGGUGGAUACUUUGGCCAGAUCAGAAACACUAAAAAGUCCUCUCAGCGUCUGAAGGAGGCUCUCCUGGAUCACGAACUAGCACUACCCUUGUGUCUUCUCAUGGCCCAGCAACGAAACGGUGUGGUUUUCUUAGAGGGUGGAGAGAAACAUCUGAAACUUGUCGGCCAUUUGUAUGACCAGUGUCAUGACACGUUAGUCCAGUUUGGUGGUUUUCUGGCCUCCAACCUCAGCACAGAGGACUACAUCAAGCGGGUUCCCUCCAUUGACAUCCUUUGUAACCAGUUCCACACUCCACAUGAUGCUGCCUUCUUCUUGUCUAGGCCAAUGUAUGCUCAUCAGAUACUUUCAAAGUACGAUGAGCUGAAAAAAGCAGAAAAGGGCAACCGGCAGCAGCAGAAGGUACACAAGUAUGUGGCAGCCUGUGAACAGGUGAUGACACCAGUGCAUGAAGCUGUGGUAUCGCUCCAUCCAGCCAGGGUCUGGGAUGAUCUCCGCCCUCAGUUCUACGCCACCUUUUGGUCCCUCACUAUGUACGACUUGGCCGUGCCACAUGCUGCCUACGAGCGCGAGGUCAAUAAGCUCAAGGCUCAGAUCAAGCAAAUUGAGGAGAACCCUGAGAUCCCCAUGAAUAAGAAAAAGAAGGAGAAGGAACGCUGCACUGCGCUGCAGGAAAAACUACAGGAGGAGGAGAAGAAGCAGCUAGAGCACGUCCAAAGAGUUCUCCACCGCCUCAAACUGGAGAAAGACAACUGGUUAUUGGCCAAAUCCACAAAAAACGAGACCAUAACAAAGUUCCUGCAGCUCUGUCUGUUCCCUCGCUGCAUCUUCUCCUCCAUCGAUGCGGUUUACUGCGCCCGAUUUGUUGAGCUGGUCCACCAGCAGAAGACACCCAACUUCUGCACCCUCCUGUGCUAUGACAGGGUGUUCUCUGCUAUCAUUUAUACUGUGGCCAGUUGUACAGAAAAUGAGUCUCACCGCUACGGACGCUUCCUCUGCUGCAUGUUGGAGACGGUGACCCGCUGGCACAGUGACCGUGCCAUCUAUGAGAAGGAGUGUGCCAAUUAUCCCGGCUUCCUCACCAUCUUCAGAGCCACGGGAUUUGAUGGAGGCAACAAAGCGGAUCAGCUAGAUUAUGAAAACUUUCGCCAUGUGGUGCAUAAAUGGCAUUACAUGCUGACUAAAGCGUCGGUUCACUGCUUGGAAACAGGAGAUUACACCCACAUCCGGAACAUCUUAAUCGUGCUAACCAAGAUCCUGCCCUGCUACCCAAAAGUCCUGAACCUGGGCCAAGCACUAGAGUGCCGUGUCCACAAGAUCUGCCUUGAAGAGAAGGAUAAGCGGCCAGACCUCUAUGCCUUAGCAAUGGGUUAUUCAGGUCGCUUGAAAAGCCAGAAGGUGCACAUGGUCCCUGAGAAUGAGUUUCACCACAAAGAGCAGCCCGCACGCAGCACCACGCCUGCCAGUCAACAGAAUGGGCCCGGCAGCACAGGCAAGCCUGCCACCAGCACAAGCAAGACAGAGGAGGGGACUUCGGAGGAUGGUGAUCGGGGUAAGGAUAAAUCUCAGGGGACCACAAAGCCAGUGAACAAAGCCAACAGUGCAGCAGCCAAAGUGACCACCAGCAAUGGCAAUGGUGCUCUCAACAGCACCAAAGCUGUUAAAGAACGGGACGACAAAGAGAAGAGUGGGAAAGAGAAAAAAGAGAAAAAGGAAAAGACACCCGGCAGCACGCCAGAAGCAAAGGCGGAGAACCGUCGGGAAAAGCAGAGAGACGAGAGAGCAGGGAAAGAGGAGCGAGUGGUGCGAGAGGGUAAGGAGAAGACCCCAAAGGCAGACAGGGAGAAAGUGAAGCCAGAAGAGAAGAGUGGCAAAGAUGACAAGACCAAAGCCGGAAACGGAGAGCCCAUGGAACCCUCCAGGGAGCGUGAUGCCAUCAAGGAGGCCAAGAGCAAGGAGAAAGGAGACAGGAGUGCUGUGGCCGGGUCCCUCAAGUCACCAGGUCCCAGAUCUGAGUCGGCUGAAUCUGAGAGGGAUCACAAAAGGCGAAAGCUCGACAGUCACGCUUCCCCGUCCCACUCCUCGUCUGUUAAGCUCAUCUGUCAUCUCCAUUCAUCCCUACAGGACAAUAGCAUCGAACCCAAGGAGACCGCAUCCAAGCACCACAUCAACUUCAAUUCAGUUGCCCGGUCCAAGAGCAGAGAGAGGGAGAUGGAGAAGAAAGAUUCAGAGAACACACAAGGGCGAUCCAAAGAGAAGAAGGAAGAAAAGGAUCGGAAAGACCGGAAAAGAGACCACGCAGUCAACGACCAUGAGACGAGCCAAGAAGCCAAACGCAGAAAGGAUGAGAACGGGACCAAUGCUUCCAAAAACAGCAAGAGCACAAGUCCUUCCUGUGACUCCCCGCUAUCAGCUGAAAAAGAGAAGAGCAAAAGAUCCAAAUCAUCCAGUAAAGAGAAGGCCGACUCUGUGAAACCCGAGCGGACAUCCUCUGGCGGCAAGAAGGAGUCCAGACAUGAUAAAGACAAGUCUGAAAAGAAAGAGAAGAGGGACAGCAGCGGAGGAAAGGAAGAGAAAAAGCAUCAUAAAUCCUCUGACAAGCACAGAUAAUGUGCACUAAUCAGUGAAGCGGAACUGGAGAAGCUGUACUUUUAUCUGCAAGACAUCUGCACCUCCGUCUGUAUUUUGUUGUUAACUCAAAUAUUUUUUUGUUUUUUUUUUUUUUUUUUCGGCCCGGUUUUUGUUUUUUUCCUUUUUGUAAAAAAUCCCAUCUCAAGUCUUUGUUAGUUGUAGUUAUCUAAGCUUACUGAUCACCUCGUUAUUUUUCCAUUUCAAACUACGGUAAACCAGCUGAAAUUUCCUUUUUUUGGUGAAUGUGUGUCUGUUUUUUAUUAUUUGAUAUGGACGCAACACGCUGCCGUAAUCACAGUGUUAUUAUUCUAACUAGAAAUGUGAUUACUGUAUGAAAUGAUCUCCUGGUCACAUCUGGCCAUGGAUUCAAUAAUCUCAUGCUUGAAAAUGUCUUCUUUGUACAGUGUCAGGUUUUGCUUUUUUGCUUGUUUUAUUGGAGUUAACAAGCUUUCCAUGCUCACUUACCUCAUAUCCUUUUGAGAUACUUAGAUGCUUUUAUUUAUUCAUCUCCACCUUUUAAUCUGAAUAAGACAGUAGAUGUGUGAAAAAUUAUACAAAGGACCAGUUUGUAUAUUGUGUACAAUAAUAAAAAGGGUAACAUGAAAUUCACAUCAUGUUAUUUCUUUACUUUUUUUAAAUGUCCCACACAGUUCAUUUGUUUCUGUUUUGUUUUUUUUCUGUUAAUCAGGUUUUUACAUAACUUAUAAAAAUAUCAGUUUGACUUUGAUUCAGAUGUAGAAUUGUAGGAAAAAAAUCACACAAAAAAUCUGUACUACAGAUACAGCUGUUUCAAAAUGAAUUUUGGAGAUUUUAUCUGCUGUACUCAAUGAGUGUAAGCUUUUUUUUUUUUUUUUUUAAACAACAAAAAAAU